AAAAAAAUCAAAGAAAAUAAAGACAAAAAAAAGUAAGAAAUUAAGAAACAAAAAAGCAAAAAAAACAGAAUAAGAAAAUAAGAAAAAGAAAAGAAAACAAAGAAAAAAAGCAAGCAGUCGGUCCUCGGUCACCAGAUGGCGUGGACACUACUGGCACUCAUCCUGGUGGGCGUGGGCGGGGCGUGGGCGUGGGGCAGGGGCGUGGAGCUGCAGAACAACUCCUACAGGGGCGUGGUGGUGGCUCUGGAUGAGGAUGUGGCUGAGGAUCCUGAUAUCAUUCACAAUAUUAAACGCAUGUUCCAGGACGGGUCACGGGUGCUGGACAAAGCCACAAGAGGCAGGGCACAUUUCGGUCAGGUCACCAUCCUCCUGCCCUCCUCCUGGUCACCUAACCCAGAGUACAAGCGCAUGGCAGGAGUGGUGGGUACAGCAGGGGUGAGGGCAGCGGUGAGGGUCGGCGCCCCCCACAUCCUGCAUGGCCACGCCCCCUACACGGAGCAGAUGGGGGGGUGUGGGGAGGAGGGGGAGGCGAUCCACCUCACCCCUCACUACGUCACCAACAUGUAUGGACCGCUAUUGCAGGAGUACGGCGCCCCAGGAAAGGUGUUGGUUCACGAGUGGGCCCAUUACCGCUGGGGUGUCUUUGACGAGUACGUGAGUCAACCCACCAAAGGAACACCUCCCUUCUACAUCGACUACCACGGGAAGGUUCGCGUGACAGGGUGCACAGGGGGGCUGCGAGGGUGGCUGGGCACUGCUGGGGGAGCGGGGUGCCAUGCUGACGUCACGGGCCUGCCAGAUUCACAGUGCCAUUUCUACCCAGAGGAGGAGGACGGUGGUGGUGAUGGUGGUGGUGGUGGUGGUGGUGGCACUGGUGGUGGUUCCUUCAUGGCACUGUACUAUUUAGAUGCGGUGACAAUGUUCUGUGACGGGAAGGGGGUCCCCCACAACACACAGGCGCCCACACCCCACAACCAGAUGUGUGGGAGGAGGCCAGUGUGGGACGUCAUCACCCAACACCCUGACUUCAAAGGCGGGAUAAACCCGCCGAGACACCGAAGAAGAAGAGCAACAAGAGAGGCGAUAAAGGAAGAGGAACAGGAAGACAUGAAUAAAGAUAAGGACACAGAGAAGGAGGAGGGAGAGGAGAACUUAACGAUGGACGAAGAAGAAGAGAAGAAGGACACAGAAGAGGAAGAAGAUAAAGAACUAGAAGUAAUAUUUCAAAUAAUACAACUUGAGAAACAAGAGGAAGAAGAGGAAGGAGAAAAAGAGGAAGGAAGAGUGAAGAAGAAGGACAUGGAAGAAGGCAAUACGGAACCGAAGGACGAGAAGGAUGAAAGUGAAGGAGGAAAAGGAGGAGGAAGAGGAGAAGAUGAAGAGGAAGAGGAAGAGGAAGAGGAGAGGAAAUACGCCCCCCGUUUCGUCCUCUUACUUGAUCUUUCUGGUUCAAUGGACGCGUACAUGGGUUACCUGACGGGGGCGCUGAAGAGCUUCGUCAGGUAUCUAGUUCCCGCCGGCAGCAAGAUGGCAGUGCUGUCUUUCGCCAACACGACGCAUAUUAACGUAAAUUGGUCCGUGGUCGGGGCUGCGGCUGGCGGGAUAGAGAGGUCACGCUUAGUUGAUCUCAUGCCAGCCACUUACUUCAGGGAUGGCUACACUGCGAUAGGACAGGCGAUGGUGGAUACAUUGAAGAUGGUGGAGGAGAGAGGCAUCACGAGCGAGGGUCUCCAGCUGGUGCUAGUGACAGAUGGCCACGAGACGAUCCACCCGCUGGUCUCCAAAAUCCUGCCCAAGAUCAAGAGCAAGGGAAUCACUAUUAACACUAUCUCGCUGGGGGGGGAUGCUACUGACUCAUUGGAAUUGUGGGCACAAGAGACAAGAGGUCAGUCUUUCUGCUACAAUGUCGGGUCACUUCAGUCUGAUCUCUCUUCACUUCUCUACUCGGCCAUCACCACACCUGAGACAAGACCGCAUCUCAAGCACCAGGUUCACCACGCAACAUACUGGGUGACUGGAAGAGUUAGAUGGGACAGGAAGAAGAAGAGGAGGAGGAGGAAGAGAGAAGGAACGACUGAGGAGGAGGAGGAGGAGGAGAUGCUGAGGAGGAGGUGGGGAAAAGGAGAGGGAGGAGAGGAGGCGGAGGGAGAAGUAAUCUUAGACUCCUCUUUGGGCAGACAAACACAAUUCAUCUUCUCAGUCAUUCGUGCACAUCAACACUCUCUCAGACUCUCAGUGGGAGCAGUACUGGUUGACCCUGAUGGGAAGAACUACACGGCAAAAGUAAGGAGGUUCUGGGAGGAGGAAGAGGAAGAGGAGGAGGAGGAGGAGGAGGAGGAGGAGGAAGAGGAGGAGGAAAAGAAGGUUAAAAUAUUUCGAGACUCCACUUCAUUUUCUUUCACUUUCCACACAGCAAAGCCCGGCAGGUGGCGGUACACACUGACCAACCACCAAGCGCUCAGCAAGGAGAAGGUGCAGGUGCUGGUGACCUCCCGCCCCGCCCCCCGCACCCCCACCCCUCCAGUCAGGGUGGAGCACGGGGUGACAGCAACCAGUGUGACGUUCCCUGACCCUGUGGUGGUGUGGGCGCGGGUCACACAGGGGAGGGCAGCCGUUCUGGAGGCCAAUGUCAUUGCCUUAGUCUCCCUGCCGAGUGACAAAGGACCUGUUAGCUUACCCCUGCUGGACAACGGCAUGGGCGCAGACCACCAGGCAGGGGACGGAGUAUAUGCUGGGUACUUCACACAGUUUGCAGGGGACGGCCGGUAUGGACUGAGUGUUUACGUGUCCGCCACCAACACCACCACCAGGACACAUGACUACCAGACGUCCCUCUCUUCUUCCUCCUCCUCCACCUCCUCCACCACACCUCCUCCUCCUCCUCCUCCUCCUCCUCCUCCUCCUCCAGUGGGACAUCAGCAGUGAGACGUUCCCCCUCUGAUCGGCCCCCUCCCCCCCGCCGAGUUCAGCUUCCCCCCCACUGACCUAAAGCCCCCCACUGAGGUCAAGCCGCCCCCGCCCCCCCCGCCGGAGAAGGUCACCAGGAUAGAACAAUUUGCAAGGUUCAGCUCAGGCGGUGUCUUCAAGGUCACCAACUACAUGCCUGGUGACCUGCAGCCGCCAGGACGCAUCUCUGACCUCACCGUGACCCGGGUUGACCUGCUACAAGUGAGCGUGACCUUGGAGUGGACCAGCCCGGGGGAUGACCACUACACAGGCACUGCCUCGUACCUGGAGCUGACUUACCAAAUGACACGUCCCGAUCUGCCUUCUCCUAAGCACAAACUCAACGCUACUGAUCUUACCGCUGGGCACCUCAACCCCCUUCCUGCCGGGCUGCCCCAUACUGUCACACUCAAGAUCCCCGGCAGCGUGCAGGAGGUGGAAGGACGCCCGUACAAGUUUUGGGUGCGAGCAAGAGACGAGAUGAAGAACUGGGCUAAAGAUUCCAACACUGCCACGGCCAUCUUCCCCUCCCACGCUGCUGUCAUGGAGGUCAAGAAACAAGAAAUCACCAAAUCCGUGACAGGUUUGGUGGUGCUAGUGUGUCUGGUGCUGGUGAUCCUGUUCCUUGCCUCCUUCACCGCCUACAUCAAGUAUCUACACGCCCGCAGAAGGCGCCAAAGGGAGCAGCCGCUGGUGGAGGGGGGGACACUGGGCAGGGAAGGAGUUAGACUAGGGAGUAGUAGAUAUAAUAAGCACAGUUGGGAAGGUGGGAGAUGAGGAGGAGGAGGAGGAGGAGGAGGAGGAGGAGGAGGAGGAGGAGUAGUCAUUAGGUAAAAAGUAUGGAAGAACUGAUGAAAGGAGAAGAAGAAGAAGAAGAAGAAGAAGAAGAAGAAGAGGAUGAGGAAAAAAUGUGAUUGAUAAGGAAGAGAAGGAGGAAUGAAUGGAGAUAAGGAGAGAAGAUAAAAAGAGAGGAUGUAA